AUGAUUUCCAAAUGCUCAAAAGAAUUAUCAUUCACCGCUCCAGGUAAAGGUGCGUUACCACGAAAGUGGAUGGGAUGCACUACCGCAAAGGUACAGGUGGAUACACUACCACAGAGUCAGAGAAUAAUCUUCGAAGAAGAAAAGCUAAAGAAACAACUCGCAAAACAUCUCUCAGCACUGAGUGUAAAUAGUACUAGCAUGAAAGAAGUGUGGAUAUACUAUCACAAGGUAAUUACCUAG